AUUGAGUGACAGGACACGAGGACUAUCCAUCAAUAUAGCAUUUGUGGCUAAGAUUAGAAGAGAAGGCCCCUCUCCUUUCACUCUUCAAGGCUGGCUUCUGUAAUACCAAACUAUGGCUUCUUCCAUCACCCUUCAAAGUACUCUACUUAGGUCCAGCUUUCUAGGUCAAAACAACUUCCCCAAUCAUCCUCACAAACCAUACUCUUUGAUCCCCAAAGAACAUAGGUUGAAAAUAAAAACAUGUGCCAAAUUCGACCCUUUUGAGAUCUUGGGAGGCAGAGGGCUCUGCAAUGGAGAAAAAGGCGUGCAACAAGAGCUACAGAGAAACAUUGAAGAGGAGGCACCACCAGCUGCUGGUGAAGAGGAGUAUUCAGGUAACUUGGAAAUAUCAAGUGUGCCGGAAGAUGGUUUCGAAAAGGAGCUGAUGGGAUUAACAGGGGGCUUUCCUGGUGGAGAGAAGGGAUUGGAAAAAUUCAUCGAGGAAAACCCCCCUCCAAAGAAACAACCAGCUGCGAAGCUUACAAUCACAAACAAGCCAAAACCACCAGAAUUGCCACUGUUGUUGCCUGGUAUGAUUGCCAUUGUGAAGAACCCAAAUAACCCAUUUUACAUGUACACUGGCAUUGUUCAGCGAAUCACUGAUGGAAAAGCUGGGGUUAUCUUUGAAGGAGGAAACUGGGAUCGGUUAGUAACUUUCCGCCUGGAAGAGCUGGAGCGUAGGGAGAAGGGCCCUCCAGGCAAAAAUCCCAGGUCCGCAAUAAUUGAAGAAUUCUAUGGAACUGAAUCAUAAUCGACCACCUGGUUGCAUUUUCCUGUUGCAAAUAAUGUUUGUUCAUCUGCUUUAUGUAUGUGCCAGUUCCAGUUUA